AUGACAUCUAAAGUAGCUAUCGCCUUUACUCGUCCACCCUUUGAGGCUGGCGCGAAACCUUCUUUCUCCAUGGCGACGUUGAUGUCGAACAACGAGCCCAUCGCCGUCUCUAACUCGCUAUCCACAAAUUCUAUCACUAGCUCUGAACCACUCUCUUUGUUUAAAUCCUCCAAGCCCGAGAGCUUGAGCUCGAUUGCCAGCGCCGGCUUACACGUCUCGCGAUCGAGAGACCAACUUCCUCCGAUGACAAGUCCAACAUCAGUACCGGCGGAUCGGCCGGAGCAUGAGAAGGACGCUGAACGAAACAGUUCACAGGUGGCCCGGGAGGCUCUGGGUGCAAGCGAAAAGUCGCCAGGUGCCCCGAUUCAUGAGCCCUCGGUCCAUGCAUCCCCGGAGCAUAUGCAGAUUGACUCACACGCGACCGAAUCGCCGUCGGACCCUUACGGAUCAAACGAUCAUCACCACAACUCACUAAUGCAUACCUCGACUGUAGCCAGCCCUGGUCCUAUUGAAGAAUCCACUUCUCAUGAUGGAGAUCGACGGUCGCGCGAUGACUCCGAGAUCGACCACGAUGGCAAAGCAUUCUCAUAUCCGAUGCCUACAGGUAAUAUUAACGACCCACGUCGCGGACUGAGCCUACCGAACGCAGGCUACAACCGAGGCAGCCCUCGUUCUCCAUCGGCAAAGAAACACCGCUGCCCAUACUGCGCGACAGAAUUUACGCGGCAACAUAAUCUCAAGAGCCAUCUGCUCACCCACAGUCAGGAAAAGCCUUUCGUUUGUCAAACCUGCCAGUCACGUUUCCGAAGACUACACGAUCUAAAGCGUCACACAAAGCUGCACACCGGCGAGCGACCACACAUCUGUCCGAAGUGUGGACGUCGUUUCGCCCGAGGUGAUGCGCUUGCUCGGCACAAUAAAGGACAAGGAGGCUGCGCGGGCCGACGCGCGAGUAUGGGCAGCUUUGCGGGAGAUGACGAGUAUGGCGACGGUGCGCCCGGGGGACACGACGACAUGGAUGGGUUGAUGUACACAGCAGAGCCUGAGCGCAUGGACGAAGAAGACGAGCGGCGAAUGACCAUGCCGAGCAUCCGCAAGCACGAGGCAGAUACAGUUGCUCGAUCUGAUUCAAUUCAUUCGCGCCAGUCUAACACCUACCCACCAAUUGCCGCCGGUCGUCCCAGCCACCUUUUCCCACCCCCGGCCAACCAUGGCGGAUCAAGCGUGUCAACAUCGGCUUCGCAUGACAGUCCUAAACCGCUGUCCCCGAACGCUCUCUCAUCGCAACAUGAUGGCGCACCGCCACACCGUGCACACUCCCCCGGUAUGGGACAGUCCUUGCCACACCCGCAAUCCUCUUUCGGGCGAGCGAAUCAAUCUUCGAACCACGCACCACCUACCCUAGGCUUGCCCUUGCCACAGCCAGGCGCGCCCCAGCUGCCUCCACCACCGGGUAUGACCUCCCCGGAUGCUCGAUUUGGCAUGCAAGCUGCAAACAAACACACUCCUUCGCACAGCCACUCCAGUACCCACAGUUUAUCUCAUCUCAAGGGCUUCGAUGGGCCAGAUGCCAAUACCUGUGACGCCAACCAAAUCGAUAAGCUUUGGGCGUACGUGCGGACAAUGCACGACGAGUUGACAGGCUUGCGCACUGAAGUUGCCGCCUUGCGGGCGCACGUUGCGUCGUCCAACUCGCUACCCCCGGCUCCGGUGGAAGUAAACUUGAAUAAUGCCGGACCGCGGUGA